AUGACCUAACUCAAAAAUAAUGGCGAACGUAAUUUCAAUUUCCCAUUUUACCCUUCUCGCAUUACCUUAUUUACUUCUCCUCUUAUCCUCCACCGUCGCCGCCAUCAACGUCACCGCCGUCCUCUCCUCAUUCCCUAACCUCUCAUCUUUCUCUAACCUCCUCGUCUCCUCCGGCAUCGCCGCUGAGCUUUCCGGUAGGAACUCAUUAACCCUCCUCGCCGUUCCCAAUUCUCAAUUCUCCUCCGCCACCUUGGACCUCACGCGCCGCCUACCUCCUUCAGCGCUCGCAGAUCUCCUCCGCUUCCAUGUCCUUCUCCAGUUCCUCUCAGAUUCCGAUCUCCGACGUAUCCCACCGUCAGGCUCCGCCGUCACUACUCUCUACGAAGCUUCCGGUCGUACAUUCUUUGGAUCUGGAUCCGUUAACGUCACCCGUGACCCGGCUUCAGGAUCCGUCUCGAUCGGAUCUCCAGCCACCAAAACCGUCACUGUGUUAAAGCUUCUCGAGACCAAACCUCCCAACAUAACCGUCCUCACCGUCGACUCCCUCAUUGUCCCCACCGGAAUAGAUAUCACCGCCUCGGAGACUCUCACUCCACCGCCGACAUCAACAUCUCUCUCCCCUCCUCCGGCGGGAAUCAACCUCACUCAGAUUCUAAUCAACGGCCACAACUUCAACGUCGCUCUCUCUCUCCUCGUCGCCUCCGGAGUCAUAACAGAAUUCGAAAACGACGAACGUGGCGCCGGAAUUACAGUCUUCGUCCCCACCGACUCCGCCUUCUCCGAUCUCCCGUCCAAUGUCAACCUCCAGUCUUUACCGGCGGCGCAAAAAGCCUUCGUGUUAAAAUUCCAUGUCCUACAUUCAUACUACACUCUCGGUUCGCUAGAAUCAAUAACCAAUCCGGUUCAACCGACAUUAGCCACUGAAGAAAUGGGAGCCGGUUCUUACACUCUCAACAUCUCCCGGGUUAACGGGUCAAUCGUGACGAUCAAUUCGGGUGUGGUUUUAGCUGUUGUGACUCAAACGGCUUUUGAUCAAAACCCGGUUUCUGUUUUUGGAGUAUCCAAAGUUCUUUUGCCUAAAGAACUGUUUCCAAAAUCGGGUCAACCCGUUGCAACAGCUCCUCCACAUGAGAUAUCUUUGUCGCCGGAGAGUUCGAGAUUAGUAUCACCACCGCGUGAGAUAGUUUCUUCCGGCGCGGUUAAAACAACACUUGGUUUCUUGGCCUUGUGAAAGAUGUCAAUGAUGAGCAAAAACAGAAGCAGCAUCGCCAUGGGAACACCAUCGUUCCUUGAGUUGAAGAAACAAGCUUCUUUUUUCUUCAAAGAGAAGCUUAAAACGGCGCGUUUAGCUCUCACCGAUGUCACUCCUCUUCAACUAAUGACUGAGGAAGCUACGGAUGGUGAGUCAUGUGGACCAAAUACACAAACCUUAGGAACCAUUUCAAAGGCCGCUUUCGAGUUUGAAGAUUACUUGGCCAUUGUCGAAGUCUUGCACAAAAGAUUGGCAAGGUUCGAUAAGAGAAACUGGAGAAUGGCUUAUAACUCACUCAUAGUUGUUGAGCAUUUGCUCACUCAUGGACCAGAGAGUGUUUCCGAUGAGUUUCAAGGCGAUAGAGAUGUUAUCUCCCAAAUGCAAACUUUCCAACAGAUCGAUGAGAAAGGGUUUAAUUGGGGAUUAGCGGUUAGAAAGAAAGCAGAGAAGGUUUUAAAGCUACUUGAGAAAGGGGAACUUCUGAAGGAAGAAAGGAAACGAGCUCGUGAGCUGUCUCGAGGGAUUCAAGGUUUUGGUAGCUUCAACCACAAGUCUGAAUCUCAUUGUAUGUCAGAGAAUGAAGUCUUGAAAGAAUCUGCAGUCUAUAGGAAAUGCAAUUCCAACUUUACCAAGAAGGACAAUGAGGAUGAACAAGAGAACAAUAUGGUUUCUCCUAAUGACGCCGAUAACUUUCCUCAGCCGCUGGUAACUGACCCGAGGGAGGAAUCUAGGACGGGUAUGAAAGAAAAUAUGGAUCCUGAAGAUGAUGAGAACACAGAGGUAAACCCACUUUUGGGUUCUCUUAAAAAGGAAGGUCAAGAACUAGCCGGAGAAGACGAGAACCAUCCAUUUACGGAUGGCGAGAGUAAGCAUACAGUAGUCUCAUUGCUUGAUGAGAACACAGAUUGAAAUUUUUAAAAUGAAAUCGCGGUCUGUAUAAGAGAAAAAACUCAAGAAGAAGAUAAUGUGUGUAUACCAAUAUGUAUGCAUAUAUAUAAUAAUAACACUUCUGUUAAUGACUAAUCUGUUUUCAACUUGCUUUGUUGCAAAAGAGAUAUUAAAAUGAACAAUGAAGG